AUGUCCAUCAACUUGCAACUUUUUAAAAUAUCUAAAGAACACUUUAUUAAAAAGUCACACUUGAUUAAAAAUUUAAAAAUUUCUAAAUUUAAUAAUAAUGAUACAUAUUUUUCGAUACAGCGUAGAAAUUAUGCUAGGAAAGGAAUACAAAAAAUUCCUCCAAAUGCUCUUGAAUUCAUGGAUACUAUAAAUAUUUUUAGGGCGUUAGAAGUGGGUAAUGAGCAUAGCAUUUGUAGAUUAAAAGUUCAAUUAAAUGAAAUUUCUGAAAAAGUUACUCCGACUAUUCGUGGGUCAGUUACAUUAGCAAAAGUUUUACCAAAGGCCAAAAGGUUUACUUUUUUAGUAUUUGCAACUGAAGAAGAAGCCAAAGAAUUAGAAAAUAUAGAAACAGCAAGUGUUGUUGUGGGAGGAGAAAAAUUAAUUCAAAAAAUUUUAGAGGGAAGUUUUGAUUUUAGUAAUAUUAGCAAUUGCUUAUCAACAUUUGAAAUAUAUCCUGAGAUGAAAAACAAGAUUGCUAAGGUUUUAGGUCCUUUACAAUUAAUGCCAACGGAAAAGAAAGGAACUCUAACCAAAAAUCCAGCAGAAACAAUCAAUAUGUUGGCAAGUAAAACAGAAAUCAAAACAGAUGAAAAAGGAUUUAUUCGUAAUGAUGUUGGCAAAACGUUUUGGCCAAUUCAAGAUCUACAAGAAAAUAUUAGUGUGAUAUUAAAAGAAAUAAAUGAACUUGGUAACAAACAAUCAAAUAAGAAAAUCAAAAAAGAUGGCAUUAUUGAUAAAGUGUUUUUGAGUACGAGUGGAAGAGAUUUAGAUGUUGCAUUACUUGAUUAUAAAUUAACCUACUUUAAGCCUAAACCUAAACUAAGAGUUUCAGGCGACAGAAUUUGUAUUGAUCGAUCAAGUAAUAAAGAAUUAUCUUCAUUUGGUGGCGGUACUGAUCAAGAUGGUGACAUUGAUCAUACUAUAGAA